GCUGCCGACUCAAAGCUCACAGACUCGCUCGGCGCCUCAAACCGCCAUUUUGGAGUCAGAGAACCGAGAGUCGGCAGCAGCGGAGAGAGAGACGAAAAGGGGGACACGGGGCUGAGGGGAUUUUCACUGCUGUCUGAGCAUUAAUCUUGGAAUCAAGAACAAUGGCAUCCUUUACUGAGAAGUAAAAGUUUCUGCCCUGCCGGGCAGAAGUGUCUGUGGUGCAUGGCGUCCGGGCAGGGUGGCCGACUGGAGGCCGGGGCGUCGGGGAGCUCCGGCCUGGCCAAACCUCUCUACCUGCAGCGCUUGGAAAGAUCCCUGAGGUUGGACAGUUUCCUGCGCCAGACCGCCGCCAUCUUCAACGGAGACGUAACCAGUGAUGACAGCGAGGACAGCGACGGCGCUCUGGGGACCGGCCUCUCCCCGGACCCCUCGCUCGGCCAGCAUCCGGCUUUGACGGUGAAGAGCGAGUCAUGUGAGCAGGGGGACCGGUUGUCGGAGGGAAAGCCUCUCAACGGAGUUCUGCUGCAGGGUAAAGACCAGAAGGCGGAUAAAACAAACCUCUACAAUUUCUCCAAGCUGAAGAAGAACAGGAAGUGGCUGAAGAGCAUUCUGUUGAGCGACGACACCACGGACUCGGACACGGACUCCGACGACUCGGACUUCAGCUUGUCCCGGGAGGAGCUGCACGACAUGCUGCGGUUGCAUCGCUUCACCAGGCAGCAUCAGAGCAAGUUCCACUCUGACCGCGAGCUCCACCAAUAUCAGUACUACAGCACUGGACUCCUCUCUAGCCACGACCCCUUCUACGAGCAACAGCGCCACCUACUGGGCCCAAAGAAGAAGAAAAUCAAAGAUGAGAAGAAAUUCAAGGCCAAACUGAAAAAAGUGAAGAGAAAGAAGAAACGGGGCGAGGGAGACUUUCUGGACGACGGGCGUCCUUACAUCACCAAGAUCUUCGCAAAGUUCUCCCACGAUGCUCCGUUGCCCGCCGUGAAGAAGAAGCAUCUCACCGUCGAGCAGCUGAAUGCGCGGCGACGUAAGGUCUGGCUCACCAUCGCCAAGAAGGAGAUCCCCAAGACUUUCAAGCAGAAGACCUCUGCUAAGAACUUAGUCUUGACCAAUGCUAAAAAGUUGGCUCACCAGUGCAUGAGAGAGGUCCGCCGGGCAGCCAUCCAGGCCCAGAAGAACUGCAAGGAGACGCUGCCCCGCGCUCGCCGCCUCACCAAGGAGAUGAUGCUUUACUGGAAGAAAUACGACAAAGUGGAGAAGGAGCACAGGAAGAGGGCCGAGAAGGAGGCGCUGGAACAACGCAAACUGGACGAGGAGGUGAAAGAGGCCAAGCGUCAGCAGCGCAAACUGAACUUCCUCAUCACCCAGACGGAGCUGUAUGCUCAUUUCAUGGGCGACAAAGUCAGCAUGGGGGGCGCAGACGGGGAGACGACUCCGGAGGAGAUUCUGAGGAAGCUGGACGACUCCAUGGCGCACCGGCAGAUUGACAUUGGGGGCGGAGUCAUGGUCAACAUGGGACAGGAGGACGACGAUGGCGCUUACUACAAGGCCCGGGCCCUGAGGAACGCCAAGGAGGCCUUCCAGAUUCAACAAGAGAGAAUGCGGAUGUUCGCCGAGGAGGCCAAGGACAGCCGCUUCGCCUCGGUGCGCGCGGCCGGCCCGUCCUCGGGUCUCGGUUGUGGGUUCGGAGAGAGCUACAGCCUCGCCAACCCGUCCAUCCACGCGGGGGAAGAAAUCCCUCAGCCCGCCAUCUUCAACGGCAAACUCAAGUGUUACCAACUCAAGGGCAUGAACUGGCUGGCCAACCUCUAUGAACAGGGAAUCAAUGGGAUCCUGGCGGAUGAGAUGGGCCUGGGGAAGACGGUGCAGAGCAUCGCUCUGUUGGCACACUUAGCCGAGAAAGACAACAUCUGGGGCCCGUUCCUCAUCAUCUCUCCGGCGUCCACGCUCAACAACUGGCACCAGGAGUUCACCCGCUUCGUGCCCAAAUUCAAGGUGUUGCCGUACUGGGGGAACCCACACGAUCGCAAGGUGAUUCGGAAGUUCUGGAGCCAGAAAACCCUUUACACUCAAAAUGCGCCGUUCCACGUGGUGAUCACGAGCUACCAGCUGGUGGUCCAGGACGUCAAGUACUUCCAGAGGGUCAAGUGGCAGUACAUGGUCCUGGACGAGGCCCAGGCCCUGAAAAGCAGCACCAGUGUUCGGUGGAAAAUCCUUCUGCAGUUCCAGUGUCGAAACCGACUGCUGCUCACCGGGACGCCCAUCCAGAACACAAUGGCCGAGCUGUGGGCCCUGCUGCACUUCAUCAUGCCAACGUUGUUUGAUUCCCACGACGAGUUCAACGAGUGGUUCUCCAAGGACAUCGAGAGCCACGCGGAGAACAAGUCCGCCAUCGACGAGAACCAACUUUCCAGGCUGCACAUGAUCCUCAAGCCCUUCAUGCUGCGCAGGAUCAAGAAGGAUGUCGAGAACGAGCUCUCGGACAAGAUCGAGAUCCUGACCUACUGCCAGCUGACGUCCCGGCAGCGGCUGCUCUACCAGGCCCUGAGGAACAAGAUCACCAUCGAGGACCUGCUGCAGUCGUCCAUGGGCACGUCGCAACAGUCCCACACCACCACCUCCUCCCUCAUGAACCUGGUCAUGCAGUUCAGGAAGGUGUGUAACCACCCGGACCUGUUUGAGCGCCAGGAGACGCGCUCUCCUUUCCACAUGUCCCUGAAGCCCUACGCCAUGUCUAAGUUCCUCUUCCGUCACGGCCUCAUCCACGCGCACAACCAGGCCAGGAACAAGUUACUUCAGGUGCUGUUGUCUCCCUUCUCCCCAAAUCACAUCCAGCAGUCUCUUUUUCACCGAAAAGGUGAUGACGAAGGAAGCUGUUUCUCCUUCCUGCGCUUCAUCGACGUGUCACCGGCUGAGAUGUCCAAUCUCAUGCUGCAAGGUACCUUAGUAAGAUGGUUAGCUCUUUUUCUGUCCCUCAAAUCUGCGUACCGGCUCCACCAUCAGCGCCUCUUCGGCCCGGAGGACGCCGGAGUCUCGCGGGAGGAGGCGGGGAGGCUGCAGCCCCGGAGCGACUGUCUGUCUCGCAAGGCCCUCAUUCUGUGGCUGAACCGGCCCACCAACUUCCCAAACGCGCAAACCAGCCCUGUUGUCCAGGACCUGGUGUUCACCGCCUUACGACCCGGCAUGAUGGGGCACGCCGACGUGAGGAUCCACAGUCGGACCUCUUCCACCUCGACGCUGCGGCCCUGCCAGCCCACACUGCCCCCCAAGUUCCUGCUUGCCGCCACGCCCAGGGUGACCGCGGUUCCCAUCGAGCGCUAUUGUGACGAUCGCAGUGCGGAGUACGAGUGGCGGGUGACGCGCGGCGGCGGGGGCGCCGUCUUCAAGCAGUGUUUCCUCUACGGCUCCCCGGAACUCGCCUCGGACUGGCGGGCGAGGGCCACCGCUUUCCACCCACAAUGCCCUGGGGGGGUGAUGGCCCUCUACCCGCGGCACGGCUGGUCCUACAUCCGGAUACCUGACAAGGAGAGCCUGAUCACGGACAGCGGCAAACUCCACACCUUGGACAUCCUGUUGUGUCGGCUCAAGUCCCACGGACACCGAGUCCUCAUCUACUCCCAAAUGACCCGCAUGAUAGACCUACUGGAGGAGUACAUGGUGUAUCGAAAGCACACCUACAUGCGCCUCGACGGCUCCUCCAAGAUCUCCGAGCGCAGAGACAUGGUGGCGGACUUCCAGAGCCGGACGGACAUCUUCGUCUUCCUGCUGAGUACGAGGGCCGGCGGGCUCGGCAUCAACCUGACCGCUGCUGACACCGUCAUCUUCUACGACAGCGACUGGAACCCCACGGUGGACCAGCAGGCCAUGGACCGGGCCCACAGGCUGGGCCAGACCAAGCAGGUCACCGUGUACCGCCUCAUCUGUCAGGGCUCCAUCGAGGAGAGGAUCCUGCAGCGGGCCAAGGAGAAGAGCGAGAUCCAACGGGUGGUGAUCUCUGGAGGCAACUUCAAACCAGACACGCUGAAACCCAAAGAGGUGGUCGGCCUGCUGUUGGACAACGACGAGCUGGAGAAGAAACUGCGCCAGAGACAGGACGAGAAGAGGGAGCUGGAGGAGUGCAGCAAAGUGAAGGAGCGCAAGAGGAAGAGGGACAAGUACGCCGAGAAGCAGAAGAAGAACAACGAGGAGUGCGAGACCAAGAAGAAGAAGGAGGUGAACCUGGUCAUCUCGCACGCCACCUCGGCGGACAACUCCAACCUCUCCGCCGACGGAGACGACUCCUUCGUCAGCGUGGAGAUGGACUCGGCCAUGCCCAGUCCCUUCAGUGAGAUCUCCCUGAGCAGCGAGCUGCAGCCCGGCUCGUUGCCGCCGGACGCCGACGCCGACGAGAGCAGCAGCGACAUGCUGGUCAUCGUGGACGACCCCGUGUCCUCGGCGCCGCAGUCUCGCGCCACCAACUCCCCGUCCUCCGUGUCGGGGUCCGUCUCCGACAACAUGAACGGCGUUUCGGCCUCGGAAACCAUCAGCCCCGGCAGAGGCCGGUCCGGGCGGAGCCGGGGGCGGCCCAAAGGAUCCGGGGGCGGGUCAAAGUCGGGAGGGAAAGGGCGCGGCCGCAAGUCGACGGCGGGCAGCGCGGCGGCCAUGGCGGGAGCGAUGGCCGGCGCGGCGGCUGCCUCCGCGGCGGUGUACGCCACGUACGGCUACAGCGUCUCCAAAGCAGGCCUCGCCGUGGCGUCCAGCCCCCUGCAGCCUUCCCUGGGCCGGUCCGGCACCAGCCCCGCCUUCAACCCCAGCAGGAGCUCCUCCCCCCAGGCCAAAGGAGGCGGCGCCACGCCGAGCCCCCACAAGCAGCUGGCCCACCACCACCACAGCGGCCACGGCGCGGUCAGGAAGGGCCGAUGAUGCACACACACACACACAGAUAACUGACCUCCUCUCACUGUGAUCCCCACAGACGCCCUAUGCCUGAACCAAUAGGGACUACCGUAUCAUAUAUAUAUAUAUAUAUACAUAUAUACACACAACAGGCUCACUACCUGGAGGACCGAGCUGCGUCUGCUGCCUCAACAACUAAAACGACCCUCUUCUCACACACACACAAUCACUUAAAGGUACAGUCCCCUCCAGCCUCCACAACUUUAUUUCACCGCGUCCGGAGACAGUGGACAAAAAUCCGCCUUUUGAGUAACUUUUGAGAGUCCUCGCAGGCACGUUGUUGUUGUUGUUGUCGUUGUCGAGAAGACAAAGACCGUACCUGUACCCGAAGGUGCACCGACACGCGGAGCUUCAAGGGCUUUGAGAUGCGUCGGCAGUUUUUCGGGAGGCAAAAGAAGUCGCCGUCGAAUGCACUGAGCCUCGUCUUCCGGCUUUUUUUCUUCUUCUUUUCUUCCCCGUGUUGUUGAUUCUCACGCGUUAUUCGGUUAUUUAAUUGUCGCGUCGACGCGCUCAGCGCAAACCCGGCGGACGCUCUCUCCGUGCCGCGGAGCUGUGAGCGCGUAGCCGACCCACACUUUCACCAAACUACACGUCGACAGCUUUUCUACUAAAGCGCCUAUUUUUGUAAGAGAGGAUGAUGCGCGUGAGUGCACACACACACACACACACACCACGCACGCACGCACGCACCACAAUAUGGCAGGUCUUAACACUUUUGAAAAUUCUUUUUGUCCAUCAAAAUGUUUUUUCCCGUACAGACGGAAAAGAAAAAUCGGUGAUACACACACACACACACACAUAUUAUUAUUUUUUUUGUCCAAUGGGAAAAUGAACGAGUGGAUGGUGUGAAAAUCGUAUUCCAGAAAAAACGAGGAGUACUGGUUGAUCCGGCAAAUGCUGCUAACGGUAAAAAAAAAUUGAAUUCACUUCUUUGGUUUGUCUUUAUUUAACUUAUUUGAGUUUAUGUUUAGAAAAAUGAAAAGAGAGGGGGAAUUCGUGAUCGUUGGCGAAUGGAGGGGGGGGGGGGGGGUAUUCACCUGUAAAACUGUGUACAUUGUCCUGAAGCCAUUUUUUUAUUUUAUAUUCAGAAAUUGCGUUUUUCUUCUUCUCCUCCUGUGCGACGAGGAGGAGUCUCCGGUUCUCCGGUUCUCUGUGACGUCGUUGAUGUUUUAGGAAAAGUUUGCAUCGGUGUCCCGCGUGGAGCGCGACACAUCUGUUCUAGGCUGGUUUGUUUUGUGUUAAUAGUGUGAUUAAAAAUGGAUGUUCUAUAUUGCUGUACAUAAUGACGACGACGAUGAUGACGAUGAUGAGGGCGACGUUCCCUUUUGGCUUUUCCCUCAUUUGCCUGUCUAUUUUUAUAUGUCACGUGUACAUAUGAAGAAAUGCGUCUGCCAUUUUACUAACAGGAGGAGCCAACGGAAAAUAAAAAGAGUGCUGAAUCGGC